AUGGCUGCGCUCGCGGGAGCUCUGCUGCGGGCGGCGCUGCUGCCGCCGCUGCUGCUGGCGCUGCUGCUGGAGUGCCGCGCGGGCGCCGAGCCGCCGCCGCCGCCCCCGCCGCGCGCCCUGCCGGGCGACGGGGACGCCGCCCUCUCCCCUGCGCCCGUCGGCGGGCGUGGAGCGUCGGCGCGCGUGCGCAGCUGGGCUGCGGUGGGGCGCGUCGGGCCGGACGAGCGGAGGGUGGCCGCCGAGCGCCGUUUGGUAUGCGCGCGCAAUUAG